GAAUUCGGGGAGGGUGCACGGAAGAGCUGUGGGCCAGAGGCCGGGCGUCACAGGUCCUGACAGGGAAGAAGUUGGCAGGUCCUGACUGGGGAGAGCCGUGGCGGACGCAACCUCCGGGUCCAGUCAGCUCUGGAGAUGGAGUCGCAGGUCGCGGCCGCUGGGGCUGCAGAGACUGAGGCAGAGGCGGGCAAGCGUCCCGCGAUGGGCAGUGCCAGCCAGGGCUCGCUGGUCUCGGCGCCCAAGGGGGCCGUCCGGUGGCAGCUUCUGCGACAGGUUCUGAAGCAGAAACAGUUGGAUGAUCAUCUGAGACAUGUAUCUGUGAGAAGAUUUGAAUCAUUUAAUCUGUUCUCAGUCACAGAAGCCACAAAAAAGGGAACUGAAAAAGAGGCUGGUGUGUGGGUCCAGUACACAAGCAUCUUUUAUCCCAAAUACAGCAUCUCCGUAAGGCAUAAUAGUGGAUCCUUGAAUGUGGAAGACGUCCUUACCAGCUUUGACAACACAGGAAAUGUUUCUACAGGAGGACCACAGGAUCGCCCCACUCUGGACUCUGUGUCAGCUACGGGAGGACCACAGGAUCGCCCCACACUGGACUCUGUGUCAGCUACGGGAGGACCACAGGAUCGCCCCACUCUGGACUCUGUGUCAGCUACGGGAGGACCACAGGGUCGCCCCACACUGGACUCUGUGUCAGCUACGGGAGGACCACAGGAUCGCCCCUCGCUGGACACACGCUAAUGCCUCUGCUCAGAAGCUGAGAUCACAGAUGGAAGUCAGCAUUUCCUGGGCAAAGUGGGCCCGGGGUGACUCAUUAUAUUGCCGUCUUAGAGUACCUGGGGCUGGAUUAAUAUCUUACUGAUAACCUACUUUGUUCUACAAAAAGAGGCUCCAAAGUGGACAACUGAUUCUCUGUCCAGUCAUUUGGUCUCCUGAGUCCUCAUUAUUUUGCUCCCCCUUCCUCCCUCUGUCUAUCCUUCCCUCCUUUCCUCCUUCCCUCUCCCCCUCCUUCCCUCCAUCCCUCUUUCCCCACCUUUCUUCCUUUGCUUCUUGUUUCGGCACUAACAUGACCAGUAUGCUCAGUAUAUUCUGAUAGCUUUCCUUUCCCUGGGGUUAGAUUGGACCUUUUGUGCAGAGUCGCAGUUAUCUGCCAGGUCAUCCUGAAUCUUUUCAUUGGAAAAGACCCAUUGCCUGUGGUACCUCCUUCGGAGAAGUAGUGGGCAGCCAUUCACACACAGGCACACGCACACACACGCACACGCACACACACACGCACGCACGCACGCACACGCACGCACGCACACAGGCACACGCACACACACACACACACACACACACACACACACACGCACGCACGUGCAUGUGCAAAUGGGUACAUAUGAAGAUCUGAAGAGUGGACAUUGGCUUCUUCCUGUAUUGAUCUUCAACCUUAUUUAUUUAUUGACCCAGACCUUUCACUGAACCUAAAGCUCACCGAUUGGCCAGACAGGCUGGCUAGCAAACCCAGACUGGGGUCGUCCUGUGUCCACGCCCCCAGCACUGGGCUUGGAGAUGCACGCUGCUAUGCCCAGCCAUUUGCCUCUGUGGUAUUGGUACUCCAUGCCCAGGUCCUCAUGUUCACACAGUAAGCACGUUGCCAGCUCAGCCAUCUCUCUAGCCCUGUGUCACACUGACCUUGCUAUAUUUGAGUGGGCUUUAGGCUGGGGUUGUCUUCUAUUUUCCCAUGACUGAAUUCAAUUAUGCCCUGUUGACAGGUCUUAGCAGAAGUGAUGGUGUCUUAUGGUCAACUAGGUACUUAAGACACAGGGCCCAGAGGACCCAAGCUAGAUCUGACCCGAAAGCCCCGAGGGCUAACUGUCACAGUAGCAGAGGCCCUGUGCAAGCACCCAGCUAAGACACCCUCAAUCACAAUAAUGGCCCAUGAAUCUGAAAGGGAGUACGUACGAGGCAGGGAGGCUCAUGGGAGGGUUUGGAGAGAGGAAGGGGAAGGAGUAAACGAUGGAAUUAUAACCUCAAAAAAAUAAAAAGUUCAUGUUUUUAAAAAGCUGUUAGUGUGCUCAUUGAGAUUGUACUGUUCCCGCUGGGGUGAUUAUUUGUGGGUGGGGUCUCACCUGUGUCCCUGGUUAUGACAGAUCUGAAUCUGUAAAUUAAUUAGGGAGAACAGGCAUGGCAAUGAUAUGAAACCAUCUUGCAGUAGAUAGGAAGGUCUUUCCAUUUGUCCUGCUCACACUGGAGGUUGCUAGGGACACUGGAAAAGCAGACACAGUCUUCAUACAGGGAUUGCACAUUCCUCAUAAAGUUUAUCUCUCUCCUUUUUCCUUUGUUCCUAUCAAAAGUGUUUUCUAUAUCAUUAUAUUCAUGGCCUGGCCAUUUGAUGCUCCCAGCCUCUAUAUGUAAUUUAAUAUCUUGCUACCCAACAAGAUACAUACUGUUUAACCAUAAUGUACUAUAAUGAUAAUGUACUGUAGAUUUAAAAUCUAUAUUUUUAAAUUAAGACUACUGCUUCAAAAAAGUACAUCUAAGCUGGGCAGUGGUCGCGCACGCCUUUAAUCCCAGCACUUGGGAGGCAGAGGCAGGUGGAUUUCUGAGUUUGAGGCCAGCCUGGUCUACAAAGUGAGUUCCAGGACAGCCAGGGCUACACAGAGAAACCCUGUCUCGACAAACCAAAACCAACCAACCAACCAACCAACCAACCAACCAAACAGUACAUAUAAAUACAACCACUCAAACCUCUUCUGAGUGCAGAGUUCACUUGUAUGUACUCUUCUGCAUUUAAGGUUCCUUUCCAACUGUUGGGAAUUAUUCAUUAAGUACAGUGUGGCCCCUAUGAACAUUCAUUUUUCACAUAAGUCCUCUUAAAACCAACUAGAAAAGUCCUCUCAAAACCAACUAGAAAAUCUGAAAUAAGAAUAUUUGUGACAAGGAAAGAGUGAGGCGUGGUUAAUUUGGGUACCACGUUAUAACUCAGAUCAGGCUAGCCUGUAACCACAGGUUCCGGAAGAUCCAACACAUCCGGUGUGUGGGCACCAGCAUCCACGGGCUGGUCAGACCCCCCCACCCCCAGCACUCUCAGCUGCUAAGCCAUCUUUCCAUUCUCUGUGGUGAGAAAUGUUAAGUGGUCUGACCCAAUCUGAUUUUUCUGUUACUUCUGGUGCUAAAAUUUUCAGAAUACAGAAAAAUUUCAGGACUGACUGUGUUAACAUUCUGUCUAAACUCUACCCCACAGUUACCUGGCAAUAGCUAGAUAGGUCUGGCCCACUCUAAAAGGGGCUGCUUGCCCCCCUCCUGUCUUUCUCUUGCCCUCUUGAUCUCUUGCUUCUCUCUUGCUCUUGUUCCCCAUCUCUCCCCAUUCCUUUCCCUUCCCCCUCUCUCCACAUGCUCAUGGCCAUGGCUGUCUUCUACUUCUCUACUCUCUCUCUCUCUCUCUCUCUCUCUCUCUCUCUCUCUGCCUUUCUCUGCCUCUACUACCCUCUUAACUCCCCUCUCCAUGCCCUGAAUAAAUCUAUUCUAUACUAUACCUUUGUGUGGCUGGCCCCUCAGGAGGGAAGGGAUGCCUCGGCAUGGGCCCGCUGAGCCAUCCCCAUACCAUAGAACAUAUAUCUCUUUUAUCUUUUUAUAAACACAUCAGGUUGCAGGGUUAAGUAUUUCAAAUAAUUAAACAAUUUUUAUAAUGUAGAAGGUUAAGUGCGGAAUUGUGCAUUUCUCAUGGGGUGACAGCCUCCUUAGUGGGAGUCCAGAACACUGCUUUAGUGUAUGGUCCACCACAUUAACUUCCCUUAGUUGUCGGCUGGUAUUUAAAAGUGGAAAUCCACGUGGGGCUGAGUUAGAAUCCACGGUAUUUUCAUUUCGGUUCAGAAGAUGAUGUAUAUUGGGUAAAAGCAAUGAUGGAGGGGUGGCAAGAAAGUCAAAUGAGCUCAUGGCACCCCACGGGCUCCUGGGACAAGUCUGCCAGGCUGUGAUGGCCCAGACAUGGUUGUAACAACAGACCUAAUGUUUUCAGUUUAAUGCCCAGCUCCAGAAAAAGAGGGAGCUGGAAAGAAAAUAAUUUUGGUACUACAUUAAAUACAUCCCAUGCUUAUUUCUAAAAAUGGUGGAAGAAAUGAUCUCAUAGGCUGGUGCUAACGGUUACCUGAAUGUUUGGGCGACUCAGCAGUUCAUGCAAGGGUUAUUUGUUCUGCUGCUGGCUCCCAGAUGCCUGUGUCUACAAGCCAAAGGGGGUUUCCAGCUGCUCGAGCCUCCGUUUUCUUUUUCUUUGUAAGCUGGUAGAGUUGAUGCUUAAAGGACAAGAUUCUAAAUUGAUUGAGUGACAAAGGAAUACAGUGUUAAUUAAGCUAGGCCAUUGUCUUUAAAGUGGAGUCAGUACAUUGGAAGUCAGAUUUCUCUUCAGGUUUGGUCAAACUGCCUAAGGCUGCGACUAAGUCCUUAUUAGGUUAGGGCUGCGGGGGAGCCGCCAUUGUUUGCCGGUCAAAGACCGGCUUGCUGUUAAAAAUCACAGCAUGAGGCUUAAGCUGCUGCAACCAUUAUCCAGUGCUAACGCGUCCCUAAAGGUCUGCUAAUAGAAGCAGAGGAAAAUAUCAAUCUUUAGUUUUAGAACAGCUGAGUAACCUUAGCACCUGUUUAUUCAGAGCAAGGCUUCCGAGAUGCUUUGAUGGGCAUGCGGUAAGGCCCGGUACCGGUAUCGAUACCGCUACCGAUACCGCUACCGGUGCCGCUUCCCCAGGCCACAAGAGGAAAUGCAAGGGAGACUGAAGGGAAGAGGGAAAAAAAAGCAUGUUUUCUUUAGCAUUUUUAUUUAAAGGGCAGGAGGAUCAGAACUAAUCUGGGAUUGACUAGGGCACACGUGGUUUUUAGAAGAAAAGUUGUGUACUGGAUAUGGGAGCCUUGGGAAGCAGAGGCAGUAGGGUCUCUAUGAGUUUAAGGCUGGCCUGGUCUACAUAGGAAGUUCUAAGCCUGUCAGGACUAUGUAAUGAGACCCCAUGUUUUGUUUUUGUUUUAAAGGAUAGUUUUGUUUAAUUUUCUGCAAUUCAUUUUGUGGCUCAACGACAAUCAGUGAGGACAUGCUACAGUGGGCAAAAAGCAUGUUCUCUAAAGAAAGUAAAAACUCAAGUGUUCAGUAACAACCAGUUUGCGUUUACCUAUCCACACAUAAUAAAUAGAAUUAGGAUGUGGUGGCUACUGGCUUUCCCUUGUGAAAUAUGCAAGACUCUGGGAUAGUAUGAAUUUAAUUAAAGAAGGCUCUGUGCCUUACAGAAGGGAGGGAGAGGAAAGAAAUUGCUGUUGCAAACUUCCUUUAGCAAGGUGUUCCAAAACAUUCCCAGAGGUGCUGGGAGAUACUGAACCAAGUGCUGGAGAUACUGAACCAAGUACUAGGAGGUGCAGAGCUAAGUGCUAGGAGGUGCUGAACCAAGUGCUGGGAGGUGCUGAACUAAGUGCUGGGUAACUUAGAAAAUACUCUCUAUGACUAAAAGCAUUCCACUUAUAAUCUUUUUACAGCCUCAAAAAAGGCUAUUUUUGUAUUUCCUCUCUUAUUCAGUUAAAUUCAAAAGCCAGUGACUAUACUGAGCUUGUCCUUUUAUAAGAUAUUAAAAACAUCAAAAUGUGUCAUAAAAUCUGUUUGUAGAGCUAGUGUACAUCCAGUGUCUAGGGGAGUGGUAGCUUGUCUUCGGUCACAGAGUAAGUGACAGAACAAGGGUGGGAGGAAACCUAGAGCUCUCAUAUCUGCUCUACAGCCCUCUCUGUAAUUAACUGUGUGAAGAUGAAGGUGGCAGGGAGGGGAUUAUGAGCGGCCAGUUUUAAUGGACAGCUUACAGAUUAAUAAGAUUGGGGUGAUAGUAUUUGAUUCAAAAAUUAAUUCAAAUAGUGAAAAUCUAGAAACGAGAUGUAUUCCAAUGGCCUUCCAAGGAAGGAGUCAGAAAGAUGUCCAGCUGUGCCUUUCCUAGCUUUCUCUGUGGCUGUAACAUUUGCCGAUAUCCGGCCAUACCCUUUGCAUGUGGGUUUGUGAGUACUGUACACUAUGAACACAGGCACACUUACCUUUGGCCGCCUUUGACCACCUCCACACCUGAGAGCUGAUGUCUAGCCCUAAACUCUCUAUCCUAGCCCCAGGCUGCUGUCGCCCCUGUCCUGUGCAGCCCAGUUGGUCACCUGGGUGACGAAUCUCUGCGGAGGGCCGCAUCAGAGCAGGCUCAGCCUCAUUCUGCCACGGCCAUUUCCAUCACCACUCGCACUUGAUCUCUUUCACAUUUUAUAGAAUCGAUAAAUCUCAUCCCUAAAGAGUCCAGCAGGCCUUUGAUUCCUGACCUGACAUUUGCUAAUGCUACGCCUGAUGACCUGCCACUACGGAUCUGCAGCCCUGCACUCUGUGUUUGACAACACUCAUAAUAUGAAUCAAUAUUCAGCAUUCAGUAAGUGAGCCGGGAGUCAUUUCACUGCUGCAAAAGGCUGCGUUGCCCCCGGGCAGCUGUCAGAAAUGGGGAGUUAUUAAUAGCCCUCUCUCCUCACUUAGCAUAGUCAGUAGGGGUCAGGCAUGAAAUGAUUUAAUCAGUUUAUGAUAUCUGUGACAGAGAGCACUUAAAAUGUAAUCACAAAAUUUAGGUAGAAGUGUCCCUGGGCUGUUGUAAGGCUUUUCCCACUUAAUUUUCCCUAAUCCCUGUACAAUGUAGUGCAUACUGAAGACAGAUCCUCCAACAAAGCAACAUCUAACCUGUGUUGGUGUUAUUUCUCCAUUGGCAAACAUUGUGUGUGUCUGUCUAUAUGUUUGUGUGUGUUUCUCUGUGUGUGUAUGUCUCUGUGUAUCUCUGUGUGUGUCUCUGUAUGUGUCUCUGUGUCCGUGUGUCUCUGUGUGUGUGUCUCUGUGUGUGUGUCUGUGUGUGUGUCUGUGUCUAUGUGUGUGUGUGUCUCUGUUUGUGUGGGUGUGUGUCUCUGUGUCUGUGUGUGUCUGUGUACUUAUCCCUUUAGGAUAUAGGCUGUAAAUACCUAAGGAUAAAUGAAGAUAAGCCCAUGGGGUUGGCGUGCCUGGCUCUGUAAAUGUUUCUAGGGGAAGAGAGGGGUCUGACUGGGCAGGAGAGGGCCAAGCCAAGGUCGUCUCAAAGACAAUGAGAAUAUCUUGGAAUUCAGAGGGCAUCAAUAUAAAUGGACAAAACACCCAUUCUCAUAACAUAAAUAAUUCUUAAAAAGAAAAAAGAAAGACAACAUGAAAGACUAGCCUAAAGCCUUAAAGGCAGUGAGGGAAGUCAUUACAGGUUCACAAUUAGCAGUAGAUGGAAUAAGACUCAUUUAGAGCCCAGGGCUUGCAAUCAGGACUAUCCGGGGCGCAGUCCAUGCUCAUACUGAAGUGUCCUCCUUUGACAUCAUACUCAUUUCCCGGGUUUCUUAUGGGAAUUAAAUAAGAGCUUUGAUGUCAGCUCUGGCAUGUGGGAGAUGCUCAAAUGAUACGAUGUCCUUCUUUUCUUAUCUCUAAGGGCUUCGACCUGCUUGAUUACAAUGCAGCAGGAAGGUGAUUCUGAACUGAAGCUCAGGUAGAAGGUGAUCAUUACAGCAAUCGCGCCUUGUAAUCUUCCCUGUUACCAUCCCUGCUUCAGGCUGCAAACUGACCCCUGAGACACACGGAUGGGAAUUGUGUAUUGUGAUGGGAAAAACCUUAGAUGAGAGCAUUUUUCUGUUAGUCUAGGAAAGUAGAUGAAAGACAAACACAAAGAAUAUAUGCUGAUUAGAGUCUUGUGGAUCUAAUAGUUAUUAAUGUUCUCUGGAAAUGGCUUUAGUUCUUUUACUUAACUAAUAUUCACUUAGCUUAAACCCCCUUAUUCAAUAGUUACCAACUUAGCAUCUGUAUCAGGCACUUUUCUAUCACUGUGAUAAAACACCACGGCCAAAGAAACUUAUGGAAGACAGAGUUUAUCUGGACUUAAGAGUUCUAGAUUGUUAGAGCCCAGGAGGGUGAGGCCAAGGCAUGGAUGAUAGCAGGAGCGGCAUGUGGAGGGCUCACUUCUGCAACCAAACACACAGAACAGAGAGAAGGAACUUGAACUACUGUGAGCCUUUAACUCUCAAAGCCUGCCUCUAGUGAUCUCCCUCCAACAAGGCCAGACCUCUUUAGCCUCCACAAAUAGUGCCAUGAACUGGGGACCAAAUAUUCGAAUUCAUGAGACUAGGAGAGGCAUUUCUUUCAAACUACCACAGUGCAUUUUGUGUAUUGGCAUAGAUUAUGGGGACAAUGAACUCUAGGUACCCCCUUGAUUCUUGGAUGGGGUAGAGUGGGAGACAACAAUAUGUCUGUCCAUCCUUCCUCCUUCCCUUUCUCUUUGUAUUUUGUUUGUUUUCCCUUUGAAUCUAAAGCUCAGGGUUAUCCCUUUGCCCAAGACCCUCUCUCACAGUGCUUUCGCUCUUUGCGCCUGCGUUUCUAAGGUAACGAGCCAGCAUUGCACACAAGACCACAAGCCCUGGGUAUUAUUUUCCAUAUGAUAAAUAGAAAUCCAAGAUGGCAACCCAGACUCCCAGGCCUUCCGAACACAUAUUUUCUCCCUGGUACUCGGCCAGAUGCUGUGUUCUAUAGAAGGAGUUUUCAGACAUAGCUAAGGCUUCACAUCAAUUGGCUUGUGAUGGAAAUUGCCUGGGUGGAUCUGGCUUAAUGCUGUGAACUCUUUAAACCUGGUAAGAUAUCAGACAUGUGAAGGACCUGCUGUCUUAAAGAUGGAGGGAGUCUUUUGGUAGAGAAUGGAGGUGUCUCUGGGCGUGAGGAGUAACCCCUGAUGACAGCAAGGCAGCCUAGGCCUACCCCACAGCUGCAAGGAGUUGAAUUUUGCCAACAAGAGUGAUCGUGAAAGUGGGAUUUCCUCUGGGACCUCCAUAGGAAAAUUCCAACUGGUAAACACCUCCAUGUCAGCCUCAUGAUUCCAUAAUUGGAAGCACUGGCCAGCCCAAACCAGACUUCUAACCUACCGAUCUCUGCCUUCGUAAGCGAGCCUUCGUUUAUGCUUCUGGAUUUUGUAUAUUUGAUUUCGGUCAUGCCUGUUCCUUAUUAGAGAAAGCAAGGAAACAAACACAAAAGCCCUGCGUACUCUUCUGUUUCACUCUUGCCCUCUGGCUCCUCUAAGAUUUCCCUCCUAUUAUAGGAAAUUAUUUUCAGUUCAUUUGCAUAAGACAUGAUUGUUCCCUCGGGAUGGUAGUGACGUUUUUUUUUCUCUAGCUAAGCAGAUCUGCUCACUUCUCUGGUUUCUCCUGGGUAACUAAAACUCCUCAAGUAUCCCUAUCCCAGUUUGGGGUGAAUUCGUUGUCAGGGUCCUAUGGUUAUAGUUUUGUACUCCUAAAAAGCCUGAUAGUGUACAUCGAGUGGUAAGCAUAAAUUUAUCCCAAGGAAAGAGAAGAGUCUUUCUCUCUUGACAGGAAGGAAGGCUGAGUUUUUCCUGUCCUGCUGCCUAUUUUGACGUCUGAAGGACAUCUCUCUCCCUUCCCCUCCCGCUCCCCCUCUUAUACUCAGUGAGUUUUAAAAGUGUUUGUUUUCAGGGGCUACACCCCCGAAGAAAACCUACUCUCCCUUCCACAGGAACCGUCAAUUGCCAAUAGUUCUCAACCAGGAGUGGGACUCAUGCGCCCCCCCCCCCCAUCCAUGCUGGUUGUGUAUGGCUUGAUCUGCAUUCAUUUACAGCCACUGUGAGUUGCUGUGAGCAGCAGCCCUGUCAUGGCCAACAAACCCUUUCCACGGCAGACAUCCACCAGCUCUGGCUCUUACCAUCUUUCUGCCUCCUUUUCCGUGAUGCUCCUGGAACUGUGGUGAGAGGAGUUGUGAGAAAACGAGCCCAUUUAGUGCUGGGUACUUCACAGUCUCUUAUUCUCUAUAUACUCUCCAAUUGGAGUUACUCUAUAAUGGGGGGUGGGGGUGGAGGGUGGGCAAGCUAUUAAAUUAAAAAGCCCAGUGCUGAGUAUGGGUACCUUUUUUUUUGAGGUGUUAGUCAGUGAAGUUCUAUAGGCCCCUCACAUAAACUACAGGCUGUUGCCAGUAAUGGUGGGUUACGAUUCAGAACCUGAUGGCAAGACCCUGCCACUGAAGAUGCUGUAUAUUUGCAUCACAGGACAAGGAGCAACCUAGCAGGUACUGGCUCAGAAGCUUUAUCCUUACCUGCUAGCUUUCUUCACUGGGCUAGCAUGUGCUAAACAUGCUAACGGGGUAGAAAAGUAUUCAGUAAUCUUAUCUAGCUGUGAGCCCUGCAAACUACAACACACACUGCUCUGGCAAGAUAGAAUCAAUACCUCUAUACCAGUGGUACAGAUGUUGAGGGAGUAACUAGUUCUUUCCAUGGAUUUAAACUACUCUAUAAGACAGAACUCACGCCUGAUGCAGUUAACUGAACCAAAAACCUGGGACUGGCUACAUCCCAGGUAUGACCCGCCGGGGUGAACACAAUACCGUUAUUCUGCUAAAUGGACAUUAUUUUAAGCUGAUCUUUAAACUGCUAUCUUUAUGCUUUAUGGAUUAGUAACACGAUCUCUCCAUGGUAUGGUUAAGGGGAAGGUUUUGAUGAUAGAGAGAGGGAAAACAGCCAGAGUCACCUGGAAGAGUCCAGAGCAGAGAGAAAAAGUGGGAAAGUGAGCAUGGCCGGCAGACUGGACCUAGACAGGAGAGAAGCAGGAGCAGAGUGGGACAGACAGACAGACAGACAGACAGACACACACACACACACACACACACACACACAGAGCGAGGAGAGACAGAGAGAGUGCAAACACUUGAGAAAGCAUAGUGGAACUAGCAGGGUUAGAAGGAAAAUGAGUAGCUGUGAAGUGGGACGCCCAUGAACUGGGGAAGGAUGCUAGUGGUGGACUCUACAAUGUAUAAUGGAUACUGGGGAGACUGCAGGAGCCUGGAGAUAGCAGACCUUUGGCAUGCUAAUUGGCUCCACAAGGAGCCAUUUUUCCCUUCUGCCAGUGACUAGGGGAAAUGAGCUUCACAAGUUCAUG